CAUACACUUAACUGGAAACACAGGCUGACACUUGUGUGGGAAUGUCACUUCUGCACUGCUUCCUGAAACCGUCCAGGAUGAGCCUGCAGCGGUGCGUCGUCGGCGACGACAUGACGGCGGCCGAGUUCAAGGACUGGAUCCGGCAGUUCGACGCGGACCAGGACGGGCGCAUCAGCCGCGCCGAGCUGCGGCGCGCGAUGAGGGCGCUGCGCGUGCGGUUCACGCGGCGGAGGAGCAGGAGCGGCAUCAGCUACGCCGACGCGGACGGCGACGGGUACAUCGACGACAGCGAGAUCGACGGCCUCGUCGAGUUCGCGCGGACCAACCUCGGCCUCCGGAUUGUCGCCUGCUAGAAAGUACUCGAAACAGUCCAGUAGCUACGUACUCGAUCUACGUGAUGGAGCGCACGUGAUGGCCGUUGUAACUCGAAUAAGGUCAUCUCAGAUGCGGAAAGUGAACCUUAUGUUCUCUGUCUUCUUUUUGUUCUUCUUUUCUUUUUCUCUCUAGCUGCAGCUGCAGCCCGUGCGAAGUGCAUGCUUGGCUUAGCGCAAGUAAGGAGUAGUGUUGUACGUUUGGCAGAAGAGUUCCAUGCAGUCGCACGCAUGGAAUAAUCUCUACCUAAUCUAUAUCCAUCUCCAUCUCUACCUAA